AGAGAGAGAGAGAGAGAGAGAGAGAGAGAGAGAGAAGCAGCAGCAGGAGCGUAGUAUCGUGCCGCACCCAUUCUGCUCCUCCAGGGACGCACAGCGCGGAUCACUGCGCACAGGUAACACCCGCCUAAACUACCGGAAGCAAAGGAAAAAGUUCCAACACAGGUGACGGAUUCUGUUCGCCAAGUCUGAGCUUCUGGGACGAAAAAAGGAAGCAAAAAACCCCCGAAAAAACCCCAAAAAACCCCUGGAAUGGAGCCUCGAUAGAAACGGAGAAAAACAAUAAUUCGCUUUUUUCAUUGUAAAUUGUUCACCUUGUGCUCAGAGGGUGACCUCAGGUACGGCUGCGCAUUGUUUCUCAACUCGACGGGGACUCAGGAUCUGGAUUUACUUGAUGAACGAGUUCCUAUACACAGACGCAAGGAAAGAUUGAAGACCAGUGGAUCCCAAACCGCCAUACAGUGAAGGCCUCAGACUUCAAACUGGAUCCCUCCAGUCCUCACCUAUCCAGAUGAUGGCAUGCGGAUCUCCAGCCCACCAGGGAGUCUGAAUGACGCCCUAGACCAACUCCUUUGCUUACUUUCUGCGUCUCCGCUCUCCUCUCCGUCCUCUUCAACUCUUGUCUGAUCCCACAAAUCAACCAGAUAUCUCACCAUGGAUACGGCGAUUGACGACACAGAGGGAUGCUACUUAAACCGCACUGUCAAAUUUUUCUACGAGGAGAGUGGCAAGAACAUCAGCGAUCACUGGCGCAGGCGUGACUAUGUGAUUGUCACUCUGGGCAUGACGGUCUGCUUCAUCGUCAUCUUUUCCAACCUGUUGGUCAUAGGUGCCAUUUUAAAAAACAGACGCUUUCACUAUCCCAUCUACUACCUGUUGGGUAACCUGGCUUUGGCAGACCUCUUCUCAGGUGUCGCCUACCUCCACUUGAUGUUUCAUACUGGUCCCUGGACCAUUAAGCUCUCUAAGUACCAGUGGUUUGUGCGUCAGGGGCUGAUUGACACCAGCCUGACCGCUUCAGUCCUCAACCUCCUGGCUGUGGCAGUGGAGCGCCACCAAACCAUCUUCAACAUGCAGCUGCACAGUAAAAUGAGCACCCGGCGUGUUUUUGUUAUCAUUGUGUUCAUCUGGCUGUUGGCUAUAAUCAUGGGCCUGGUUCCCACCAUGGGCUGGCACUGCCUGUGCGACCUGCCCAACUGCUCCACCAUGGCACCGAUGUACAGCCGCAGCUACCUGGUGUUCUGGGCUCUUCUCAACCUGCUAACCUUCUCCAUCAUGCUGGCUGUCUACACCCGGAUCUUUCUCUAUGUGCGGCACAAGAGCAAGCAGAUGUCGCAGCACACCUCCCAGAUGAGACACAGAGAGACAGUGUUUGCCCUGAUGAAGACCGUCUCCAUGAUCCUGGGUUGUUUUGUGAUCUGCUGGACGCCCGGCCUGGUGGUGCUGCUGCUCGACGGUCUGGGCUGUGAACCCUGUAAGGUGCUGGUCUUCGAGAAGUACUUCCUGGUGCUGGCAGAGUGCAACUCCUUCGUCAAUCCCAUCAUCUACUCCUUCAGGGACAAGGACAUGAGGAGGACCUUCAAGGAGAUCCUGUGCUGCCUGUGCCGGCGGGGCAGCAGCAAAAGGGGCGGCUCUGAAGUCCGCUUUAACACCAUGGAGCAUGAGGUACUGUCCGAGAGCAACGGAGCCGACGACAGCAAUCACAAACCAAACAACCACUCGCUCUAAGGAGAUAAAGCCUUGAAACCACACUGAGACACACCACAUAGAGUACGACCAUGGCAGCCAUUACUCAAGCAGUCUCGCAGAUAUGUAAUGACAAACAGAUAACUAGGCCGACUUGACAACUGAAGGUUACAUUUGAGUGCCGCUUUUUCUUUUUGUUUUUACUUUUCUCUCCAAUCGUGGUUGACGAUUUAAAAUUAGUGUAAAAACAUCCAGCAGCCAGAUGUAAAUGUAAAGGAACAUUUCAACAAACCACUCUGCGUCUUUUUCUUUUUAAACUUCACUAAAAUCAGUUAUUGCAUGUGUAAAGAGCGUGCAUACUCAGAAGCUCAUUUAUUGUACGUUACAGUGGUCCGAAACAGUAAAUGUGUGGGAACACAAAUCCAGUUUAGAAAAGGUUUAAACACCCUCAGUACUUUUUUUUUUUUUAAUCUGAAAAUUGUUAAAAACAAACAAAAAUGAUGAGCCUUGCAUAUCAAAAAGGAUUGCACUUGUUAGUUAUUACCAUAUUCUAUUGCAAAGACAUCCACUGAUGGCAGCUUUGUCAAAAUAGAUUCAUCAUUAGAUGCAAAUGUGGUGAUUUAUUGUUUGAAAGUGACUUGUGUGUGUGUACUGUAGUCAUAUGUAGCAAAACUGUCAUUACAGUCAACCCUUCUGUCUGUCGCUGCUUUGACCAAAUAUAAACAAAUGUGCUUCUGCUUUUUGGGCGCUCUGUGUGUGUAAAUGAUUUCCAAGACUAAAACUGAAUAUAAAACCUCUAACUAUUAACUCAAUUGUCCUGCAGUAUCACUGUGUUGACUGAUGGAAGAGAAUAUGUAAGUGCUAAUGUUGCAGAGCUUCAGCCUUAGCUUAUGAACAUGUUGAGCUCUGCCUAAAAAAUGCUCAAUAGAAUUUCUAUUGCAAAAUGUGAUCUACUGUACAUGAAUUGGAGACAUACUGUACAUGAAUUAGUGGGGAAAAGUAAAACACAUUCAACACAGUGAACCCUCAGCUUUCACAGGAAAAUAACAACCUUGAAGUGCAUUGGUGUUUUACUGUGGUUUCAAGUGACAGAUCAUCUUGUGAUACUAUCUCAGAGGUUUAGCAGUUUUUAUCUGUGCAUUUUUUUUUCAGUUCCUGUGUCACUCUUUAAACCAAUCAAAAUAAAUCUAACAAUUGCAGCGUCAUUUCAACAAUAGUGACGACGGCGUAGUGCCGCCCUCUUGUAUGUUGCAACUUCCAUAUGAAACAGCAUAAUUUGUAUGCACAUUGACUAAGGAAGAACAAAAAAUCUGCACACUCAGCCAGAACUUUCUUUCAGUUUCUGUGUUCAGCGAAGAUGAAUGUAUGUAGCUUUGAAUAAAAGCGAUGGCGCCCUUUUGACUCGUGUGUAUAGGAAGAGUUUGCUGCUACUUCAGCCUUUAUGGUGCCUUUAAUGUGUACAGGGGUCGGUUAAUAACACAUUACAUGAUGCCGUCCGUGGAGUUUGCCUGCCAGCAGAGAGGAGGGAAGUGGUUGAGAAAGCAGCAAGAAAGAGACUUGUGGCUGGUCGGUGACCUUUAUCUAUUGUGGUUCUGUUGUUACCAAUGAAACACCAUUUUUCGUCCCACUUGCUGCAAGACAUAUUGUUCAUGUUAAAGCUGAAUGACUAUUACACACAGUAGAACAUCUGUGCCUUUUACUCCUCUCUGCUGAACAUAGAAACUGAAAGAAUGAACAUACGUAUUCUGAUAACUCCAAACUCUUUUUGUGUUUUCUGGACUUAACUUACUGGCACUCCAAAGUUCUUUAUGUCACUGGUUGAGCAUGUUCAAAUGUAUUGCAUCAUAUUUGUGUCUCACUUCUGGGAACAGGAUGGGACAUUUGCAAAAGGAUCAUUUAGUUUGAGCAAUUUAUGCUCAAUAAAUGUUUUGCAUGUUGCCCGUCGUCCAUGUAGGUGCUCAGUAACCUUUCACACAAUGCUGCUCAUUUGCCCUCGAUUGUGUCCUUGCUCUGUAUGUCCUAAUGUUUGCCUGCAAACUCGCUAAACAUGACAGUGUUAUGUUGUGCAACAAUUUCAGCCAGUCAGAGAAUUGGUCUCCGAGCAGGCUGUUUUGUCUUCCAUCAGAUCUGUAGUAUUUGUAUCAGUCACUUCAAUAAUUGAUCUGCGUGCAGAUCAUCUCUGCAUGGGCACAAAAUAUGUCCCAUCAUGCUUUCAGAAUUAUGACACAGUUGUAAUUCGGUACAUAUGUACAUUAAUCCAACCAGGAUGUCAAAGUUUCCAUGAGGCAAACUUGAGCAAAACAUCAGUGACCUUAAUCAUACCCCCUUUAGAUCUCAUAAAACGAGGCCUUAAUGGCCGCACUGCCUCUUACUGUAAACAGAAUUCUUUGUUGGAAUUACCCUGUUGUGUUAUGCAAUCGUUAAUGAGCAGAACAUUUCUAUGUUCUCCGUGCUGUCUGCUAAUGUGUGUGUGUGUGUGUUAGAUCAUGUGCUUGUGCUGUACACUGUUAAACCAGUCCAGAUGUGUACUUGUGGUUGGAGUGGUUAAUGUUCCUCGCCACAUUUCCUCUGACUUGUUACUCUGGCAUGUGCGUCUGUUUGGAGAUGUGCACUCUGUCAUUCCCUCUCGCACGCACACAUACACACACACACGCAGCCUGUUAUUGCUGCUAGCAGGAAGUGCAGGGAUGUGUGUGUCGUGUGCGUGUACACUGAUUCACAGAUAGGUUGUUUUACAUAUAUGACAUUGGACUUAGAAAGGAGGCAGGAGAGGGAUGGUUGGGACAAAUUUGCAUUUGCUCUCUCCGUGAUAGUAAAAUAUGCAGUGACUCACACAAUUAAGAGGAAGCUGGACAUUUGUGAAUAAUGAUAUAAUAAUAAUCAUUGACUAUAAGUACUCAUAAAGGGAAUACCAUUACAAGAAGCUAUUAAAGGCAUAACAGUAUAUUCAAACUAUAUUCUUUGUCUUCAGAUUUCAGAUGAAUCAACUUGUUGAUACUCGUUUUCAUAUUAUUAUAGGCUAAUUGUUUGUAUUGUUUUCACAGUUCAGAAACAUUUCCAUAUUUAGGGUCUAUUUUUGUACAAACGUUGUUACAACUAAUAUGAAUAAAUGCAUAAAUCUGCCUACA